UUAGGAUGAGUUUUUUUUUGCACGUCUGAAAAAUUAAUUAGAUAAAAAAAAAAGUGAAAAUCCUAAGAUAAAUAAAAAAAAAUUGCAUUUUUGUCUAACGGUACAUAAAAAUUUUUAAUUAUUUUUUUUUUAAAUAAAGAGAAAAAGAAAUUAAUGAAAAUUGUUACGAAAAUUUCAAUAAUGAAAGUGUUGUAAUAACGGUUUCUAUUAUUAUAUUGCAUAUAUAUUUAACAGUUAUAAAUUACUGCAUAUUUUUGUAACUUGAUUUUACUGUUAUAUGAAAUUAAAUGGAAAAGAAGAAAAGAGAAAACUACUUUUAAUGCGUUUGUAAUAAUUGUUUUGAUUUUUGUUUUUGUUAUUUUUUUUUAAUUUUUGAAUUUUGGACAAAGUGAAAGCGGUUUUUUUGCUGUUUUUAUAAAUUAAGUGUGGAAAAUUUCGAGAGUUACAUAAAUUUAUAAAAUACAUACAUUACAUACAUUUAUUGAUAAAUUAAAAAUUAUUGUUCGAAUAAUUUUAAUUUUUCAGAAUUUUUGUUAUUUUCAAACAAUUAAAGUGGAAAAUAAACCUAGAAAAAAAAAAAACAAUUGAAAAAUUUAAUAAUUAACAAUUAUUCUAAAAUAUAAACUAAAUAAAUAUUUAAAGAGAAAAUAUUUUUUCUAUUUUUCAAAUUAAAUAAAAUAAAAUGAAUUUUAACGCGUUAGAAUUCACACAUUCAGUUCAUCAUAAUAAUUAUUAUCCAAGUUUAAUAGAACAACCACCUCAAUUUGAUAAUACAAAUACACCAUCAUCAACAAAUAAUAUUAAUUCAAAUGUUGAUACAAGUUUUUUUUCAACAAAUAAUUUUUUAAAAAAACUAGCAAGUGGAACAUUAUUUACGGGACGUAGUAGUGUAUUUAGUAGUCCAAUGCAACAACAUCAACAACAUCAACAACAACAACAACAGUCAUAUAAUAGUAUAACAGAUACAUUAAUUAAUAAAAGUUUACUAUCAGCUUCAAUUAUGAAUCAAAAUAAUAAUAACAAUUUAAAUAAUAUUAAUAAUAUUAGUAAUAAUAGUAAUAUUUAUCCAAUAACAUCAACAUAUGGUAGUAAUAAUAUAAUUUUACCAAAUGAUUAUUUAGCAAAUUCAGUAGUAUUAAAUGCAUCAACAUUUUCUGAUGAAGCAUGGCAACGUCAAAUUGAAUAUGAUAAAUUUAUGAAUGAAAUAUGGAUUGGAAUUGUAUUAACAUUAAUUAUAAUAUCAAUGAUAUUUUGUAUAUGUUCAUGCUUUUUAUAUCAUCAAUUUAGGAUAUGGAAAAUGAAUUAUCGUCAAUCUGUACAACAAAAUCAAGAUGUUGAAUCGGUUAAAUUUACUUUUGAUGAUGAUGAUGAUCCGUUACCACAAUAUACAUUGGUAUCUGGUUUACCAACAUAUGAGGCAGCAAUUGAUAUGUUAAAUAAAUCACCAAAUAGUGUAAUACAAGAGAAAUUUAAUAAUUUUAAUAGUAGAUGUAUAACAUCAAAAACAUAUCCAUCAGUAUUUAGCAUAUUUACAAGAAAUGAAAAAUCAAAUGAUUCUACAUUAAAUAAUUUAAAUAAUAAUAAUGAAUCUUCAAUUAGAAAAUCAUUAUCAUCAUCUAGUAUUGAAAAAUCACCAUCAGUUAUUGAAUUAAAAACUUUAGUAAAUAGAAAUAGCAUUGAUACAACUGUUAAUCAUACACAAAAUAAUAAUAAUAAUAAUAAUACUAAUGAGAUAAGAGAUAAUUUAAUAUUAGAAAAUUCCGACGAGAAUUAUAGUAAUUUUCAUUUAUUAUCUUAUAAUGUAAUGCAUCGGAAUUCUAUUGAUCAGCAAACAUCAACAUCAUCAACAAGAACAACACCAUCACCAUCACUAUCGUCAUCACCAUCACCAUCUUCAUCACAAUUGUCAUCACCGUCACCAUCACCAUCAAUAUCGUCAAUAGCAGAGGAAAACAAUGAUAAUAUUGAAGCUGAUGAAUCAUCAGGUGAUGAAGAAGAUAUUAAUGAAAAAUUACAAAAUGAAGAAAUAACACCACUACAAAAUACAAAUAAAAAUUAAAAUUUCUGUAAAAGUAAUGGUUAAAAAAUUGUAAAGUCGCAUUACAGAAUAACUAAAUCACGAAUUCUAAUGAGAAAUUUCAAAUAUUGAACAAUUUCAAGUGAAUUUUCUGUAUUACAACUGAGAAAAAAAUAAUUGCGUAUAUGAAAUGCAGCAAAUACUUAAUGAUUGAGUACAAAAAUACGUAAAAAAUGUUCUUUGAUUUAGUGGCCUUCACAUAUGACCAACAUAAUUUUGUUAUAUGGAACUGAUUUUUACUUAAAAAUGUUACUUAAAAAUAUCGAAAAUACAAAAAACAAAUGUGCCAAACGAAUAAAAAUGACUGUUUAUACAACUUUAUAUUAAUAAAACAUUAAGUUUAUAUAGUAAUUAUCUACAAUUAUUAUUAAUAAAUAUAAUCGAAUAAUUAUUAUUAUAUCUUGUAUACAGAAUGUUAUAAAUUAUUACAUUAAAUAUGUAAAAUAAACUACUUGUUAUAUGUAAUUAAUUCAUUCUAAGUAAAUUUAAGAAUUGAUUUUUUAAAAUUUUAAAUCAAAUGAAAAUAUUUAUUAAAUUGACAAGUUUUUUUUGGUUAAAAAUGUUUUGUAAAAUGUUUUCUAAAGCAAAAGAGUUUAUAGCCAAUACCGACGCAUCCAAAAAGAAUUUUUUUCUUAAAAUUUAUAUAAAAUUUUUUAAAAUCUAGAACACAUCUCUUUUAUUUGGUAUCUGGCAUACACAAUAAUAUAUACUACAUUUUGAUCAGAACAAACAUAUUAAGAAUUUAGAUUGAAGAAGUAGUAAAAAAUAUGAAAAUACAUAAAUAUGAAAGUUCCACAAUAUUAAACAGAAAUUAAAACAAAACUUUAGUUAUGGAUAAAGUAAAUAUUAUAAAUAAUCAUGAAAAAACAAAAAUAUAUAAAUUAAUUAGUUAAAAAAAUUCAAAAACUUAAGUUGUUAUAAAUUACUAUGUAUGUAUACAUAUGAAUAGACUGUAUAGAAAAUAAUUAAAUUUAAAAUUUAGAUAUAAUAUGAAUAAAACGUUAUUUAAUUAAGUAUAUAACUGUGAUUUUGUUGAAAUAUUAAUUAAUUUUUCAAAGACUUACACAAUCAUUUCUUC